GAUUUAUAUUUAUCCCGCAGAUAUUUUUCCUGAAUCGGUACAUUGUUAUUCUAAUAAGCUACGUUACAGUGGCUUGAUAAGAUAAGACAAUUAAAAUCGACGGAAAAAUCAAGCAGAGAUUUCCAACAGCGAACGACAACGCUGUUUAAGUUAACACCUUCGAUUUUAAGAAAAAAGCGAUAAGAUUCGAAUAUCGCCUCCCGUGACAUGCAUUUACGAUAACGACUUGUAUAUUGGAAAUUGGAAUACUGAUACUGUUCAACAGCCAGAACGCACAACAGCUGAAUAGUAAGCUUACGCAAAAUUGUGGACACUUGUUGAAUAUUUUUGGGAUAUUAUUGAUUCUGAUUCAACACCUGUAAAAAAGUGGAUACGCGAAAAUCUCAAUGAAGCCAUAUUUUUGGAUUUCGUUGCGGAUCGCAACUUUGGUGAUAUUAUUCAAUCAUGUAGGGUCGAGUUCUUUCCCGGAGAACGUUGCACCAAUAUCGGUUACAAAGUUGAACGAUGUUUCGAGUUCGGUUUUUACCGGAGGCGAUUUAUCUUCAGAUGGACUCCAGUAUGUUCAAGAUAUCAAAAUGAUGAAAAUUGCCGGGAAAACCGUUAUCGCGAUUUCAGCAAGAGAAAAAUUAUUUAUCGUUCGAACUGACGACUUUUCUCCUACAUCAGAUAAAAAAGUUUUACCUGCAAAUAUUUUCACAUGGAAAUCUGAUGAGGGAGCAAAAGGACUUUGUCAAAUGAAAGGCCAAAGCGAGGAAAAUUGUGAUAAUUAUAUUCGAGUCUUGCAACCGAUGGACGAAAACGGCAACAAAUUGUUAGUGUGUGCUACGAAUUCAUUUGAUCCACUUUGCAAGUAUAUCACGGCAACGUCAAAACACGGUGAAAUUGAACUGAUUGCAGACGAAGAAUCGUUUUCUGGAACAGAAAAAUGCGCAUUUGGUCCGCACCAGACAGGAGUCAGUUUGUAUUCCGGAGAAUCUCUGUAUUCAGCGACAGUCUCAGAAUUUAGCGGUCGUUCUUACGCUAUCAGCCGUAGCCUGGGAAACAGCAAACAACUUAGAACACCAAAGUUCGAUUCGAAAUUUUUGAAUGAACCGUACUUUGUCAAAAUGGUUGACGACGGACCUCGAGUCCUGAUUUUUAUGAACGAAAUGGUACCUUCGCAGGUCAAUGGUGAUAUCCGCAUGAUGGCGUACGUUGCUCAGGUAUGCAAGAACGAUGUCGGUGGCCAACACGUUUUAGUGAGACAGUGGACAAAGUUCGAAAAGACACGGUUGAAUUGCUCUGUGAAUGGCUUCUAUUUUGACCAAUUGCGAGACGUUUCAGAACCAGUAGAUGUACAUGUGGGGGCGGGGCCAAAAACGGAAACUAUUAAAAUGAUUUACGCAACUUUCACAACUCCAGAUCACUCUGUUCCGGGGUCAGCCGUCUGCGCUUUUUCGUUGAACGCCAUACACGAUGCCCUUUUGGGUCGAUUUAAAGAUGACAAGGGGACCGGUGACAUCAAAUCGACCGCUCCCACGGGGGCUCGACACCCUGGAAAUUGCCCCAGUGAAUCGUACUCCGAAUCGGAGUUACUUUUUCUCAAAUCUCACCCACUCUUAGAAGACCAAGCAAGAGGAUCUCUACUAACCACUCAUGUGGGAGAAAGCUGGUCAUCUGUUGCCGUGGACUCCUCAGCUGGGCCACAUAAAAACUGGACCGUGUAUUUUGUUGGCACAUCGAACGGCGAUCUAUUACGGUACUUGGCACCAACUAGCGGCAUCAAAACUGCAACAUUACUUAGAAGGCAGUCUGUUUAUGACGUCAAUAGGUGCUCUGGUAACUUGACACGUAGCAGCAAAAUUGAUGAAACCACCAAAUCAGUGAUCCAUAUCACUCUUGACCCGAGUCGAAAUCAGAUUUUUAUGACGUACAAGCAUUGCGUCAUCACUGUAGCUAUGAGGUCAUGCGACGUUCAUCGAUGCAAAGAUUCGUGUCUUGGGUCAGCAGACCCAUAUUGUGGAUGGAACGGCACAAAAUGCGUCGAAUACACGUCACCGUCCGUCAACGUGGAACAAUACGUCCACUCAAACGCAAUCAAUCGUGUGGAUGAUAUCGCCAGCCUUUGUCCACAAACUGAUUUACCAUCUAACGAUAAAGACGGAAUUAAAAACGGCGAUUCUGAUUCUGUUACAACGACAGAAAAAGAAAACGAAGCCCCAAGAAAGAACAACAACAAAAAUAAUGGAGAUGAAGCCAAUGCCACUAACGGUACAUUUAUUGUGUCACAAAACGGUGAUGAUGGUGUUUAUUCCCAACACAAAGGUACAAUUAAUGAGGAUUCUGGUUUUUAUAUACAAUGGGAAAUUGUUUUGGCGAUCGCGCUUGCAUGCGCACUUCUCUUUUUCAGUAUUGGAUUCUGUUGUAGCAAGUUUUGCUGUACCACCCCUGUUACAGUACUUGAUACAGAAAAACAACAAGAAACGAUUGACGCUUCCAAAGGUUCGAUUGCAGUGAAGGACACGUUAUGUAAAAAAGCGCAUUCUUUACUUGCAAGCAUUUCUCCGAAACGAAAAAGAAAACAGCCUGGCCAUAUACCACCACGAAAUAUCAGUCAAUCAACUUUAGCAGAUCCUCAAAACGAACCUCUUGUCGAUAGCAAUAAAUACGACGAAUGUGUCAAACAACCACGAAAUAGCUUCUGUAACGACUCUGUCGUCAGCUCAAAAUAUAUUCCAAACGGUCGCCCUGGAUCUAGGAUGACUAGCGUAAGCAGUACUAGCCAGGUAACUACCACAGAAUCCCUAGCAAGCUACGGAUCAAAACGACGAAACUCGGCACAACCAGGAUCGUCUGUGUCUAGCAUGAACACAAGAGGGCGCCAUUCCUACGCAACCGCACCUCGACUCGGUCAUUCAUCAAGUAACCGAUCUUCGGAUCCGUCAGAAUAUUCAAACGCUUCUACUCUUCGAGCUGAUAAAGUUGGUGCCAGCAGAUUAUCAUCGCGUCAUUCUACGCCAGUACCCCAAGUCACGACACCAACAUUCAAAGACUUGCAACAGUUCGAUUUUGAUUUGGAAAAUACAACCCAUGUUUUAAACGAUGUCGAACGAGUUAUUCUCAUGGAACAACAAAGAAGAUCGCAAGAAAUGGAAGCCGUGCCAGAAGAAUUUGACGAAAGAGCUAGACACGAUUCAAGCGACAGUGGAAAAGGUUCAAGUCCUCGAAAUUCGAUGCAAAACGACGACGAACGCGCUAACAAAGUCCCUACUUUGCCUCGACCGGAAAAUCUUCAACUCGGCCAGAGAGGGCGCAAAAGAUUGAACUCAGAACCAACUUCACCGACUGUACCACAACCACCACUUCCACCGCCUUCAAGUCAUAAACCAGUGUCGAGAUCAAACUCAAAACGCUCACAACAUUCUAUUUCGGUACCUAAUCAGCACGACAGAAAGCGAAGCGAGUCUUUCUCUUUUCAGUCACAGCCUUCAACGCCUGUUGGAAACAACUCACCGCCGAGGCUGGUACAAGCAGUGAUGCCUAUGCAUCAACAAGGAUACCAGCAAUCACCACCUAAUAUAUACGCUACUCUACCGACCAAUCCAAGAGCGGCUAACGGCAAACGAUUACAAAUGGAACCAUUUAACAGACAACAAUCGUACGACACCUAUUCGCCACAGAAUAGAUAUCCAACAUACGAUCAAAGAGAUAAUUCGAAUCACCCAGCAAUGCAUUUACCAGAUAAAUAUUCGAGUCUUCCUUUACGUUCACAGGCUCACAGGUCGAACAAAAAACCUUACGUAAAUGGUUACAUGACGCAAAUGUCUCAACCAGGACAAAAUAAUCGUCAUAGUAGUCAUAGCAACGGUGCGCCUCCACAGUUUCACAAACAAAUGUCAAGUCCAGCUAAUUUUGAUCAGAGGUUAAGGUACGUGCCUCCUCCGACGGUUCCUGCGAUAAAAGGAUACCAUUCACCGCUACCAGAGCAAAACGCAGUGUGAGCGCUUACAAGCUUCUAAAAAGCACCAGUGCCGAGUAGUGGAGGCUCACAGAGCUGAAAGUUGGGAGUGUAAAGUUACUUCAAUGCAAUUGAAAAUGUAAUUCACUUUGCUAAAAGCAAUCCAUGAAUCAAAUUUGCGUCGAAUGUUUUGAAAAUGGGAACACUGAAUAUGGCCGGAUAGGAAUGGAAAUUAGACAUUCAAAUACCACCCUUUUUCGUAUAGUAGCGAGUUUUGUGAGGAAAUUCAUCUUAACAUAUUUGUGAACGUGAAAUUUUUGACGAAGUAUAGUUCCUAUGCGCUGUCGAAUAUACUAUGAUUCUAUCGGAAUAUUCUCUGCAAACACAUUCUAAAUAUUUAAUAAUCACAAUUGUUAAGUAUUUUAUAUUCAUCGUUCCUUAGUAAUCACAGGCGACACUGCUUUGCAUUAUAUUUAAAUAUACAACUGUUCAAUUUCGCGAAACAUCUGCUUUCAUAUUUUCUUAUAUAUUAUUUUUUUUAAAUAUUUUUCUUUUUUUAUCCAUUUUCUUUUUUAUUUAACUUUAUGUCCUGUUUAGUAAAACCCGUAUGAGGCAUGUUUGGACUCUUAUAUUUUUCCGUAGUUUAUGCAUGUCUCAUGUAUGAUCAAAGCAGAGAGUGUAGGCCAUUUUGUAGCUGAUGGAAUUAGUAUUAAUAUUGUAGAACAAACGAUCACCAACCCAAUCAAAAUGUUGAUAUGAAAUUGCAUUAUUUUAAAAGGUAACAACAAAUACGCAAAAGGUGAUUUAUAUACUAUUUUCAAAAACAAAAUAAAAAUUUUAUCACAAAUAGUCCACUCAAUAAUUUACGCAAAUAAUUAGUACGACUGCUGUUGAUGGCAGGUCCUCAUCAGCAAGAUAAUUUUUCUCCGCUAGUUAGUUUAUGGUCUACACCCCAGAUUCUAUCAACAACAAAAAAAUUUUGUUUCCAAAUAAUAACUUCAUCUCAAUUCAAAAUGAACACAAACUAUUUGGGUAUUACGGUCCAACUAAAUUAUAUCAGUUUACCACAAAAUAAUAAUUGCACUCAUUGCCCUUACCUUUCUUUGUUAAGGGAUGUUUCAAUCUCGUCCGAUUUCUAAUUUUUCUGCUGCUGCUUAUAUUUAUCUGUGCCUUACAAGAUUUCCCAGUUUUGAAUCAUUCGGCCGUUCAUCCUGUGUAGCUUACCAAGUAGGUCUCGGAGAUAAAAUGUAGAACAAGUAAUAUUUUUUUACUGUUAUUUUAUUUUGCUUCCUCGUUUUGUGUUUUGUUAGCUUCUGCUUAUAGUGUGCAUCGUUUCAGAAUAAAAUAUUUUUGUUAGGAAAAUAUGGCCUCGACAUCAGAAUAUCCCUUCUAUAGCUUUUGUUUAAAUGUGUUUAUUUUGUUCGUGUUUUCCAUUAUGUAUGUGCAUGGUAUUUCUAUGCUACAUAUAUGGUUAAAAUUGUUAGUUUGACAUCAAUGUUAUAUGUAGAAAUAUGCUUUAAAUUUUGCACUGUGGCGCUAUUGCUAUUUUGUUUAUAUGAAAUAAACUUCUACAUAAAAUGAUA